AUUAUUUAAUAAUUAAUAUUCCUGCUUUUUUAUUUUCCAUUUUUCAAAAACAACUCUGCAAGAUCCUCUGUAUUUCUCAGAAAAUGCCAUCCUUUUUUCUCUUCAAUCGAGAGAAGAAGAAAAAGAAACAUUUCUUCAUAUUUCAAUUUCUUCUCCAUUCGUCAAAAUCUAAACCCUAGAAAUCCAAAAUCAUCAUCUCCAACAAUCACAAACAAGAGUCAUUCUCAUCACUCAAAACAACAACAAAACAUUACCACCUCCAUUAAUGCUGCUGCUGCUGCUUUUGUGAAACAACCUCAAAACCGUAGAUUUUUAACUGUCUUUCUCAAUUCUUCUCUCCUUUUCCGAGAUCUGUUGUUGUUCUGGUUCUCAUUUUCAUUUUCAUUUUUCGUUCUUUUUUUUUGUGAGAUUUUCUAUAUUUAUUCAUUAGAUUUCUUGAAUUUUAAUAGAAUUAGAAUGAAAAUGUUUUGUACCAUAAUAUAAUUUAUCUAUCAGGAAUUAGAUCUAUCUAGUUGUUCUAUAUGAAACAGAUCUACGAAUUUAUCAUUCAAUUUCAAAAUACAAAGCCAAGAUCUAGGAUUUCUAGGUCUAGGUGUUGUUGUAUGUUUUAAUUAGGGUUUUGAAAUUGUUUGUAUCGUGAUGAUGAUUUUGAUCUAGGGUUUAAAUCCUGAUUUGAGCUAUACACAUUGAUUGAAGUUGAAAUUGGCACAAUGUUCAAGCAAUUUCUCAGUAAAUUCCCAAGGAAAUCUUCGUCGAAAGCUGAAAAUAAUGGUGAUUCUACUGGAAAUAAUAAUUCUGUAAACAAUAAUGCUGUUGGAAAUGGAAUUCAGAGGACUAACAGUUCAAAUUCAAGUACUGUAUCGAGUCGAUCGAAUGUGGUUAAAAGAAUGUCUUCAGCGGUUUUCCCUUCAAGUGUUGUAGCUGGUAUUGAACCGUUUUUAUCAUUUAAAGAUGUUUCGAAUCCUGAGAAACAGAAUUUAUUAAUCAGUAAGUUGAAUUUAUGUUGUGUGGUUUUGGACUUCAAUGAUUCCAAGAAUGCUGCUGAGAAAGAUCUGAAACGUUCAACUUUGAUUGAACUUGUCGAUUUUGUUGCUUCUGGAUCUGUUAGAUUUAAUGAGCCUGUAAUUGCUGCGGUUUGCAAAAUGACUGCACUUAAUUUGUUCAGGGUUUUCCCACCUAACUACCGGUCUAAUGGUGGUGGUGAAAAUGACGAUGAUGAACCGAUGUUUGAUCCUGCUUGGUCUCAUUUACAGUUGGUGUAUGAUUUACUGCUUAGAUUUAUCACAUCGAGUAAUCUUGAUGCAAAGGUUGCAAAAAAGCAUGUUGAUCAUUCAUUUAUUUUGAAAUUGUUAGACUUAUUUGAUUCUGAUGAUCCAAGGGAAAGGGAUUGCUUGAAAACAAUUCUACAUAGGAUUUACGGGAAGUUCAUGGUUCACAGGCCAUUUAUUCGUAAGUCUGUAAGCAACAUCUUUUAUCGAUUUGUUUUCGAAACGGAACAACAUAAUGGAAUUGCUGAGUUGUUGGAGAUUUUUGGGAGUGUGAUAAGUGGGUUUGCAUUACCAUUAAAAGAGGAGCAUAAGAUGUUUCUGUGUAGGGCAUUGAUUCCUCUUCACAAACCGAAAUCUGUGGGUCUUUACCUUCAGCAAUUGUCAUAUUGUAUAGCACAAUUUCUAGAGAAGGAUCCAAAGUUGGUUAGUUAUGUGAUAAGAGGGUUAUUGAAAUACUGGCCUGUAACAAGUAGCCAGAAGGAAGUAAUGUUUUUGGGUGAGUUGGAGGAGAUUUUGGAAGCAACUAAUAUGGCUGAAUUUCAAAAAAUAAUGGUCCCGUUGUUCAAAAAGAUCGGAACAAGUCUCAACAGUUCACAUUUCCAGGUGGCUGAAAGGGCACUCUUCUUAUGGAACAAUGAUCACAUUGUGAGUCUGAUAGCCCACAACCGACAAGUUAUUCUGCCUCUAAUAUAUCCAGCACUAGAGAAAAAUGCCCAAGGCCACUGGAAUCAAGCUGUUCUCAAUCUCACUCUAAAUGUCCGGAAGAUGUUCGCAGAGAUGGACAACGAUCUUGUCCUUUCAUAUCAGGAAAAGUUUGAGGAUGAAGCAGCGAAGUUAAAAGCGGCAUGUGAGAAGCGAACUGUAAUAUGGGAACGUCUGGAGAAUGUUGCUAGCUUCCAACCGGUAACGGGAAACACAGCAGUUCUGGUAAAACAAUGAGUUUUCUCUUCAUAUAAAACUUGAUGUAGUCUUAAAUCAAAGAAGCAUAACAUAUAUAUGUUCCCAUGCUUGUGCUUGUGUUUUUUAUAUGAAUAGUUAAGCAGAGAAAGGUCAUGUUUGGUUAACUCAGAUCAAGAAAAAGGACAUCUGUACUUGUAUUCAUGUUUGGUCAACUCAGGUCAAGAUUAAUCCAUUUGAGUGGAUUUCCGUUGUACCAACUCUUCUUUUGACCAUGCUAAUGCCUGGUUUGGCCUACAAGUGUUUUGAUGCCUGAA